AUGUCCGCACGCGCGUUUUGUAUCCCGGGGGUGGUCCUCCUCUUCUGUGCUUUUGUCCUUUCUUUGAUCGUCGCUAUUUCUCUGCCGGCCCUCCCUGCGCUCGAUAUCACGAGGACUCACUUCUCCUCGGGCAGUUUGGCGGCGGGGAACAGUAGUGGGGAGAUUGGACAGUUGAGGGUGCUUCGGGCGUACUGCAUUUAUGACUCUUCGUCCGGGGACAGGACUUGCAUCGACCAAGGUCAUGGCUACGCCGUUACAGUUAGCGGCAACAGCUCCAUCACUAUCGGCUCCUCCUGGACUCGGGGUCUAGCCGUCCACCCAGUCGCCACGAUCGUAACCUUCAUCGCGUUCCUGCUCUCCCUCAGCUCCCACAUAACCGUCAUGCUCCUCUCCUCUAUCGCCUCCGGCCUCGCCGCCCUCCUCACACUCAUCGCAUUCGCGAUCGAUAUCGCGCUCUUCGUCUACGUCAAGCACAAGAUGGCCGAUUUGGAUGUUGAAGAGCAUACUAUUACCGGGCCUGGUUUCUGGAUCACCUUCGCCACCUUCCUGCUCCUGCUCAUCGCGAGCUGCACCGUCUGUUUUGGACGUCGCAAGGAGAGAAUGGCCGGUGCGACUGCGUACCCCUCGAAACCGGGCGUUUUGAACAAGCUGGCGUUCUGGAGGCGUUGA